UGGGAGGUCACAGUGAGUGCUGGAGAGGAGCUGGGAGCUUCAGCCGACACAGCCGGAUAUCAGAUGCAGCGGACGGUAGUAGUCGCAGGUGGCGGCAUUAGCGGGCUGACCGCCUGCUACCACCUGGUGAAAGAUGCCAAAGUGUCCAAGGUCAUUAUGAAAUACCAACGCAUUUCGGUGGUUGAAAAGCUCCCCCAACCUUCUUCAGGGCUAUACAAAUGGUUGUCGAAACAAGACGGCGCCAUAUUCGAGCACGGCCCCCGCGGCAUGCGCCCGGCGGGAACGGUGGGCAAGAACACCCUGUGUAUGGUCUCUGAACUCGGCUUGGAAAGCGACCUCAUUGCGAUCCCGAGGAGUCACCCCGCCGCAAAGAACCGUUACCUCUAUGUCAACAAGGCGCUGCACAAACUGCCCUCCAGUCUGGGCGGGGUUCUGCGUACAAUCCCCCCGUUCUCCAGACCUCUGUUCCUGUGCGGCCUGCAGGAUCUGACGGCUCCCCGCGGAUCCCAGGAGGAUGAGAGCGUCCAUGACUUCUUCACACGCCGCUUCGGGAAGGAGCUGGCAGACAUCGUCGUGGACAGUUUGUGUCGGGGCGUAUUCGCUGGCGACUGUCGGAAGCUCAGCCUGCGCGCCUGCUUCCCUUUCCUGCAUGACGCAGAAGCCCGAAAGAGAUCGGUCAUCCUGGGUAUGGCGACAGGCGGAGCAGAGAAGACCCCGGAGUUGGACUCUCCUCUCAUCCAGCGAGCCAAGACGGAGCGCUGGAGCCAGUGGUCGCUGCGCAGGGGGAUGCAGACGCUGUCUGAUGGGUUGGAGGAUUACAUCAAGAAGAGGGGGGUGGAGAUCCACAAGGACACCCCUGUGGAGGCCAUAGAGAGGAAUCCUAAUAACAGCUGGAAGAUCAAACUUCCGAAUGGCGGCGUCACAGCCGAUCACAUCUUCAGCGCGGUCCCAGCAUCAGUUCUAGGCAGGCUGCUGGACCCGGUCGCCAAGCCUAUGGCGGACACCUUGCGUCAGCUGGGGGCGGCCAAUGUCGCAGUGGUGAACUUGGAGUACGACGGAGAGGUUUUGCCCGUAUCGGGUUUCGGUCAUCUGAUCCCGUCAUUCGAGGACGCGGCCCUGCUGGGAAUGGUGUACGACUCGCUCACCUAUCCAGAACAUAACCGAAGAGGAUCGGCGUCAACCAGGCUAACGGUGAUGCUGGGCGGUGCCUGGUUCGAGAGCAGCUUUGGAGACCCGGAGUCCGUUCAACCGGAAACUAUUUUGAAUCUGGCGACCGCGGCGGCCGGAACUCAGCUCGGGGUGAAGGGGAAGCCCAGCCGAGCCAUCGUCAGCAUCAACAAGAGCUGUAUUCCUCAGUAUACGCUGGGACACUGGAAGCACAUCGAAAACCUUUUCUCCUACGUUGACCAGCACGACCUUCCUCUCGGUCUCAUCGGGGCUUCGUAUCGCGGCGUUUCCGUGAACGAUUGCAUCUUUAACGCCAAAAAGGCUGUUCAAGGCCUGACCGGGUGCUAGCAGAGACAGACCAGGCCGGC